AGGUGGGAGGUGAUGACGAGAUGAAAGGAGGCAGGUGAGGAGGAGACACAAGGAGCACCCCCACCCCCUCUGUGACGUGGUGUGUGUGUUCAUGUGUGUGUAUGGGAGGGAGGGAGAGCGAAACAGGUCCUUCAGUAGAUGGUGAACAUGCAUUGGAGGAAGCAGCCCCUCUCCAGACUGAGAUUUUAGGUAAUUCUGGAAGAGACAGACGCCUUUGCUAUAAAUACAAAGAAUCGUGAGUAACAUCGGCUGCUGAGCUCCAGACUACACGCCACCAGGGUCCAGGCCUGCCAGGACAGAUACCACCAUCUAAGUUUCUUAGUGACACCCUAUGACAGGGGAGGAUGGGUGAUGGGCCUGUGAACUUCAGCGGACUCUCUCCUCUUUAUCCCAUCCUCUCAUGGAGCGUCCCAUCACACCGAGCCCAUCCUGUAACUGUUCUCUCCCUGGCCUCCCCACACUGUCAGAAUCCCUGCAUCAGAAUAUCUCAAACAACUCCCAGUCUAUCUUUGGCAAUGGAGGGGGGGUAGACCUAAACCAGUUGUUGGCGUUGUGUGCUAUGAUCAUCAUGGACAUGCUGGCAGUGGUGGGGAACUUGGCGGUGAUGAUCGUUAUCACCAAAACGCCGCAGCUAAGAAAGUUUGCCUUUGUGUUCCACCUGUGCUUGGUUGACCUGCUGGCUGCAGUGGUCCUGAUGCCUUUAGGGAUGCUGUCUGACUGGAUCCUGGUGGACGAGGCCCUGUGCCGGAGCUACCUCUCCCUGAGUGUGUGUCUUGUGAGCGCUGCCAUCCUCACAAUAUGUGCCAUCAACGUGGAGCGUUACUACUACAUCAUUCAUCCCAUGCGUCACCAAGUGAAGAUGACGGUAAGGGUGGUGGUGAUGGUGCUGGUGGGAAUCUGGAUUAAAGCUGUGAUUAUGUCAGUGCUGCCCCUCUUAGGGUGGCUGUUUCAGGUGGACCAGGGCCUUGGGAAUCCUUCAGUCCUCAUUCAGGGUCAGAGACGCUGCUCCCUGCACUGGUCAGGAGGCAGAAUCACCCGGCUGCUCUUCAUGAUCUUCUUUACGUUCAUCUACUUCCUGUGCCCCAUGCUGAUCAUUCUGGUGGUCUACUGCAACAUGUUCAAGGUGGCACGGGUGGCGGGCAUGCAGCAUGGCCCUCUUCCUACCUGGAUGGACACGCCGAGACAACGAUCCGAGUCCAUCAGCAGCCACUCAACUAUGGCAGCCAGCCUCUGGGGAACUGGUGCACGCAGUACUCCACAGAGGAGCUUCAGUGGAGGGAAGGCUGCGGUGGUUCUUGUGGCAGUGGGAGGCCAGUUUCUCUGCUGCUGGCUGCCAUAUUUCUCCUUCCACCUCUAUACUGCUGUGGUGUCUUCAUCGCCUGUCUCUCAGGCUCAGAUGGAGACCGUAGUCACAUGGAUUGGCUAUUUCUGCUUCACCUCCAACCCCUUCUUCUACGGCUGCCUGAACAGGCAGAUACGAGAGGAGCUGGGUCGCCACCUGGCCUGCCUCUUCAAGAGGGCUGGGCCUGGUGAGGGGGAACAGCUGGCAAGUCGAGAAGCCUCCAUCGAGGAGAACUUUUUGCAGUUUCUUCAGGGCACUGGAUGCAAUCUGGAGCCCUGCAACUCUCACAGCAGAGCCAGUCCACUGGAGCCAGAGACUGAGGGGCUUCAAGGAUCAGAUGUUCAGCAGAACACGCCAGCUGACUUUAACAUCCCCGGGCAGAUUCUGGAGGAAACCUCAGAGUUCAUACAGCGGCAACAGCUGAACAAUGAGCUGCAUGUCUCAGAGAACUGCUGCAAAACUGCACCCGGGCUGUAGAUGCCUUUCAUGUGCUGUCUCUGCGCCAUUAGAAUUUAAUAAAAGAUACCCUGUUUUAUCCAUAUUUCCUUACAUUUGUUGAAUUGAUAAGUCUUUUGUACAUACUUCUACAGUGCUUUGAAGCUGCAUCUUGGCUUUACGUCAUGAGGCUUUCAUGUUGCCAACAGUCACAAACAGUCAUGAUGCUGCAGCAUUCUACAUGUGUGAGCCAGACUGUACAGUGUCACAGGUGGAUGAGUGUCAAGCAUCAUUGAUAAAUGAAAAAAAAUGUAAGCUUAGAGGGAGCAAAACUGAAGAAUAACCACAGUUUCAAGAAGACUCUAAGAGCCAUCAAAAGAUACUUUGAAUGAUUCAGAAAAGUGCCGGGCAGUAUGUUUUGAUAAGAUUUCAUUUAAAGAUUAAUUCAUUCUUUGCUAAUUAAAAUGUGGUUCUGCAUAAGACAUCAGAAUAUAGCUGACUAAACUGAUUUGUGGCACAUCAUUUCAACUACAUCAAAAGUCCUGCUCUUUAAUCUGUCAUAAGACGUCUAUAGAAUCUUAUUUACAUUUAAUUAAAGUAGAGGGCAAAAUGUUCCCUCAUUUUUGUCUUGAAGGACUUAAACAAUCCCUUUGAAGAAUCACUUUGUAUUAUUAUUGAUUCAGCCAUAUAAAAAAAUGACUCCCACCACUAUUUAGACACUAUUUCAUCUCCAACAAUGUGUUAUUAUUUUGCUGAACAUUUGUGGUGGAAGAAAACAAGAAAAUGUCCAAAAAAAUUGUCCAAUUAUUUAGCUGUUGCCAAUUUGUUCAGCAAGUGUUUUUAAAUCCGCUCCCAUAAACGAUCCAUAACGAAAUUAAUACAAAAAGGUUUUCCUUUCCCAGGUGAAACGGACUGAAAAUUCAGAGUCCUUUUAAAAAAAAGUGUUUCAAACUGAAAUAUUCAUUGAGUAAAAAAGGAUCAUUUCACAGCUGGUGCUGCUGCUGGUGUCUGUGAUAAUCAGGCUGACACUGGAGAGUAUUUUUAACCUUUUUCCAUGAAUAUUUUUAUCAUGUGUAUCUGCUCUCCGUCUUGUGAUUAUCACUUCCUCACCAAAAAGAUCUCACAUUAGUUAACUCGUGAUUUCAAGCACUUCAACUGAAAGAAAAAACAUUGUGGCUGUUUAAAUUUUUUUGCCUAGACGGUGUUAAUGAUUGAAAGUCUCUAAAAAAAAAAUUAAAAACACUUGCUAUAGCGCAAUCAAAUUAGACUCAAACAACUAGUCCCCAUCACCCCUCAGACAUCUGUGGUGUUUUCAGGUAAACACAGGCGCAGUGCAAAUGCUCGUGUUUGUGCUACAAACAGCCAGGUUUGUUGUGGCUACACAGCACACAGGAGAGGUGAUGCUUACACAUGGCAGCCUUUGCCUUUGGCCUCCUUCAGAAACAAAAGGAUUACAUGAGUGAUACUUUCUCUGAUCUCAGGUGGAUACAAGCAGGUUGCACAAGUCACACGAGCAGUGUUGAUGUUCCAAAGACAAUCAUGAGGCACAAAUAUCUUACAUCGCACUCUUUUUUUGGGUCUCUUUUUAUACUUCUUUGUUGCCUUCAUUGUCCUUUGAUCUGCUUCAUAACAAACUGUUAGUGUGGUCACAAGUUGCUCAACACAAGGCGCUCAGGAAAGACUCUGCGUUUGCUCAGAGACAUAAACGAAAAAAGCUUUCUUUGUCCUACAUAAGGGCAAAAUGUUCUUAAUGUUCUCAAAUAGCUGGUGACUGUUUACCAGGAGGGGUCAUUGUGUCAUUUUGUUUGAGAAAUGUUUUAUGUGUUAAAAGGUGGAGUGAGGCCAUAAUUAAGUGAGAACAAGACAAAGCAAUAAACCUCAAAUUCCUACAAUCUUUAAAUGUGUUUAUUCACAAAAACUAAACUACAAAAUUAAUUUAUGAUACGUUUAUAUUGAUAAUCAACAUAAAUCUACCUUGAUAAAUUACACCAGCGCACAAAAACAAGAAUUAAAUCCCUUUAGGGAAUCUAAGACCUUCCUCUGCGACCGUUAUUGAUCCUCUACUCUUUCCCGUAGCAUGCAGUAAUCAGUUCAGUGAUAUUUCACACUGUCAUACCAUCAUGUUGACUGCACAUCAAUACAACAUUCAAACGGCUGGAUUUCUGUUACAGCUGCCAAUCAGAUUCAACACUUUCAGCUCUACUUUCUGCUACCAUCUGCUGAAGAUGAGGACGACCUAAAAAGAAUCUGUUCUGCUGUGAGUGGCAAGAUGAUGUUCCAGCUUUGAUGAACAAUCUUGGACUUUUUACUUUAAUCAUAAAAUCUCUGCAAUGUUUUAGUUUCCACUCUGUAUCUUUGUUUUUUUUUUCUGCUUUGUUUCUUUUUUUGUACCUAAGCUGGAAGGACUGUAUAGAUUCCUCUUUUUUUCUAGUUUGUUUUCCCUCUUGCUCAGAGUCUCCCGUGUAUCAGUUGCCCGUCAGCUGAAAUGAUUAA